GAAAUGAAAAGUGAUAGAUAAGUGAUAAGUGAUGAAAUGAAAACCAUUUUGAAUUUUUGAAUGUUUUUGAACGAGAAAUGACGUAUGGCGUGUUAUUUGUUUUUGGUUUCAAUUUAAAGGGAUUUGAAGUUUAAUUUCAUUAGGUUUCUUUGUUUAAAAUAGUGUAAACUUUUUAAUAAAUAAAAAAAUGUCACAGAUGGAGUUAACUUCAAGUAGUGAAACCAACAUACAAGAAAUCGAAUUAAGAAGAGAGUUAGAACGCGAAUUGAAGAAUAAAAGACAAUGUACAUAUCAACCUUACGAGUGUAGCCAGUUGUGUUUGGAUAAUUAUCAAUACUGCAUGAAACACAUUCUUAAUGAUAAAAAUGCUCCCUAUAAACAAUGUUCCUUUACAUACAAUACUAAUGGUAAAAAAUGCAAUUUACCUGCUCCACGAAGUGAUAAAAAGGAUUUUGGGUACUGUAGCGAACAUGCCUUGAAGGUUACUCUGACGAGGAAUAGACAAAACUCAAAGCAUCCUCUGCCAUGUACUGCUGAGGUAUUGUUAAGUUCUUUGUCACAUUAUGUUUACAAACCAAGAAAUAGAAACAGUUCAUCCAGUACCCAGCAUUCUGAUGAUGAUAGAGUUACUCCUGAUUCUGAAUUGAAGUCUGCUAAAUGUUUAGAUCCAUUUGUUGAUAUUGAUGCUAGCGUGGUCCAGGGUGAAAAAUGUAGCCGCAUAUUGGAUGUCUGCAGUGAAUCAGAAAGUGAUAUAGAGCCUUCCACAUUGUCUUCUGUAUGGCCAGACAUCCAGGCUGAUAGUUCUGAUGACGAGAGCAUUGAUUCUGAAAAUGAAGAUCUUUUAAAGCAUGCCAAUGUAUAUACAGCCGAAGAAAUUACUUUACUAGCUAGAGAUAAACUAAUAAAGUUGCAGUCAUCGUAUAUUGAACAGUAUAGAUAUCUACAAUAUUUAUUAACAAAGAAAAGAAGAAAGUAUUUGCAUUUGUUGAAACGAGAGAAAGAAACAUGUUGUAAUAUUUAUAAUCAAGUGCGUGAUAACCCAAAGGAACAGAGAUUAUAUAAAAAAUUAAAAGCGUUAUAUAACUAUCAAAAGUGCCAUGGUACUGAUGCCAUAUUAAGUAAGAGGCUAAGAGAUCUUAGAGUAAAGUUGGCAACUGACGGAGCUUCGAAGAGUAGUUUCUAUUCCAAAUGUAUAUUCACUGAAGGUGGAGUCAAAUGUGGUGAACGGUCUUUACCUUUAGCCAAACAUUGUCAAAAACAUAUUCUUGAGGAUAACAAUCAAGUUUUGUUUCGAGCUUGCGGCAAAAUGACAGCUGAUAUUGAAUGCCCCACACCCAUAGUUGCUAUGGACGACGCCACUUGUCCCCUUCACAUGGAUGUUCCUAUAUUGAGAUCCUAUGGGCAAAUAAGGAAAGAUUCAGAAUCUGAUGCAGAUGACACAACCGACAUGAACUUCAACCAGUCCACCUCACAAAUGCCGGAAAACAUUAAGGACGAAUUCAUCACCUAUGAACCUCCCGAAAUACCAAAAAUGGAAUCGCUUCCGUCGAUGUUGUUUGAAGAAACUCUGCAAAAUGUACCGACAAAGCUGACUCCCACAAACAUCUUCAAUAUCGACUUCUCGACUCCAUCAGAACAAGAGAAAGAAAUGAAGAUCGAAGACGUGAAAAUGGAAGAUAGCGCUACCGAUAAUUCGGCUACUAUUUCCGCGGCAAGUGAAAACAUGCCCGCCAUUGAAAAAAUGGACGUGGGCGAUAAUUUGACAGCCGGAAACGAUGUCACAGAGAACGCAGUCUUGGACAACGAGAGUAUGGUUGUAGAGGAGCAGGUCGUGGAAGAAACAGUAACUUUUGACUUUUCCAAAAAUAUUGGUGCCGAAUAUGUUCAAAAUAGUGGCGAAUCUGAGAUGAGAGCUGUUGACGCGUUACUUAAAGCAGCCGAGAUGAUAAACGACCAAAGCAAACUGGCGGCAAAACUGCCCCCUACAGAAGAUUAUACUGAUGUUAAUACAGAAAAAUCUACAACAAAUAAGAUGGCGGCAGUUGAUGAAAAUAAGGCUACUGAAAGUACAGAAGUACCGGAGAAGUUACCAGAAUAAACGGAUCAAUAAAUCGUUUUUUUCUGUUUAGGUUUUAUAUUGUAUUUGUUGAAAUAAAUAAAGAUUGAAAAUUUAAAAA